AUGGACAAGCAGGAGAUCGACUGGGACAAGCCCGCCAUCACCGACGUCAAGAUGGUGCACAAGGGCCCGUGGGGACCCGAGGGAACGCUCAUACCGAUAUCGAUAAGCGACCACGAGAAGAAGAGCAGCAUACGCCGCAAGGUGGCUGCCGCGUCCGGCAUCCCCUACGAGCACGUCAAGCUCAUCCUGGUGGGCAUCGCUCAGAUCGGCGCGGGCGACAGGCGCAGCAACGUAAAGUACGGCAACUGCGGCGUGGCGGAGGGGAUCGGUCUGACGUUCUCGACCGCCGCCGCGGGUAACAAACCGCACCAGCCGAGACCCACCGGAAACCGGGUGGACAACCGAGGCAACUGGACCCAGAUCGACUGA